AUGGCAUCAAAUCGAAAACGAAAACGUGUUCGAGCUGUUAAUAAUCAUGAAUUUGAAACAUUUAUUCGAACCCAUCUAGCCGAUGAUCUUGCGAAUGUAAUUAUUUUAACAAUUGGAAUUCGAUCGUAUACCGGAUUUUUAGAAUUUCAUGAUUUUAAUAAUGUUUUACUUGAUGUUUACGAUUCAAUGAAUGAAAAAGAUAAAUUAAAUUUAUUUCGAUAUCAUGAUGCAUCAUCAUCAUCUUCAUCAACACAUCAAGUUAAACCUGCUAUUCUACGAGAGUUAAAGAUCUUUCAAGAUGCAUGUCGGAAACAAAUAAACAACGAUAACAAUGAGUUUAUUUCAGAAAAUAGUAGUUCUACUCAAAAUGAAAAUGAUACAAAAAAACUUAAAAAAUCAAACACUUCUCAAUCGAUUAUAUUUCGUUCACGUUCGAAUGAUAUGGAAGAAAAUACAAAAAUAAAAUAUAGAGAAAAACCUAUUAAUAAAAAUAAUGAAGCAACAGAUUGGUCUUUUGACAAUGAAGAAGCAUCAGAUUAUGAUUUAAAAUCUCAUGAUUCAUCAAUUCCACAAGAUUUGAUUGUAAAAGAAGCAACACAUAUAUAUGUCACGACACAAAAGAUAAAUCAUUUUUUCGAGAAAAAUAUGCAAAUAAAGCCUCAAGAACAAACACAUCAAAUUUGGCAUAUUUAUUUACCUGAUUUUGAACUAGAUCAAAUUAAUGCUUAUCGUGUUGAUAGUUCAUUUAAUCCACAAAAUAGUGAUCGUUUUAAUGUAAGUAAACUCGUAAGUAAUCCAUAUGCACCAGCUAAUAGUACGACAUUAAAAUGGCCUGAUUGA